AUCCGAGAUAUAAUAGCAUCAUUGAGUUUGGCGUAUAGAGAUCGAAUAGACCAUACGAAAAGAGGAAGACAAUCAUUAUUUAUUAACCUGUGAGCUCAUUUACUGGAAUAUUUGGUUGAAGUAUCGUUACUCAUUCUCUAUGGAUAUAAAAUAGGGACAAAUUAGCUUUAUAUUCUUUCAUUUACCCUUUUUAUCUGGGCUGCCAGUAAAGCAUCCUGCGUUAAUUCUCAAAAUGGCUGAGAUUACAGAAUUACGACCUGCAUAUGACAUGUCACCGGUGCUGGCUGGUUUUAUCGGUGCAGCGGCUCUGGUGGUUGCCGUGGUGAUCCUGGUUCUCCUGUGGUCCUUCUGCCAGCGUCGACACCUCCGGGUGAUGGGCCGGUACAAGCUCCAUGGUGAUCAGUACUGUGACUCUGCUGAAGACCCGCCCUACAAGUUCAUCCACAUGCUGAAGGGCAUCAGUAUCUACCCAGAGUCCCUCAGCAGCAGCAAGAGGAUAGUACGGGUGGCCAGGCGUGCUGGGUGGCAGGGGGAGAGAGACAGAGAGAGGGGUGGCGGCCGCGGGAUGGUCCUGGUGGAUGCUGAGAACAACAUCCUGGAUGCUCCUACCCAUCUCCAGAUGAGCCACCUGGUGCCCCCUGCUGGCCAGCCCAGAAUGGAGGCGGCACUGCCCGUCAGGGCCGACUACUGCUGCCUGGAUAGCUCAGCUACCAGUAGCGAGAACAGCAGCAAGACCGUUUCACCUUUCACCCCCGCGUCCUCCGACCCAGAAUCAGAGCCUGAAACCAGCCUGGGCUCCCUCAGCCUGGCUUUAGACUACAACUUCCCCAAGAAAGCCUUGGUGGUGACCAUCGUUGGAGCCCAUGGCCUGCCUGCAGUUGACGAACAGGGAAACAGCUCCGACCCCUACGUGAAGAUGACCAUCCUCCCUGAGAAGAAGCACCGGGUGAAGACCAGGGUCCUGAGGAAGACACUGGAGCCGGUGUUUGACGAGACGUUCACGUUCUAUGGCGUGGCCUACAGCUCGUUGCCCGAGCUCACGCUGCACUUCCUGGUGCUCAGCUUCGACCGCUUCGCCCGAGAUGAUGUCAUAGGAGAGGUGGUGGUCCCGCUGACAGAGUUGGAACCCAGCACGGGGCGGGUGCACAUCACCCAGCAAAUCAGCAAGAGGAACAUGCAGUGCGAGAGCCGUGGGGAGCUGUUGGUGUCUCUGUCCUACCAGCCUGUCUCCCACCGCCUCAGUGUGGUGGUGCUGAAGGCCAAACACCUGCCCAAGAUGGACAUCUCUGGCCUGUCUGGAAACCCAUAUGUGAAGGUCAAUGUGUUCUACGGACGCAAGCGCAUCGCCAAGAAAAAGACGCACGUGAAGAAAUGCACGUUAAACCCUGUCUUCAACGAGUCCUUCAUCUACGACGUGCCCCCCGAGCUGCUCCCUGAGAUCUCCGUGGAGUUUGUGGUGGUCGACUUUGACCGUACCACUAAGAACGAGGUGGUGGGGCGCCUGCCCCUCGGCCUGCACAGCCCCUGUCCCUCUGGCGCCGCCCACUGGCGGGAAGUCUGCGAAAACCCCCGUCGGCAGAUCUCAAAGUGGCACAACCUCAGUGAAUACUAGCUCCUCACACCACCUAAUGCAUAUAGUUCUACCUGUGUAUAGGGGGAGGUGGAGGAGGGGAAGAGAGGGACUUCUUGCCGAGAGAGUGGCUUUUCCCCAUGCCAUACAUUCUCUUGUGAAUAAUACCAACAGAAAAUGAACAACAUUCCUGGUGGGACUUGUACAGUGGACUUUACAGUGGUUAAGGUUCAACUACAGAAUCGAAUUAAAGUAACAAACAUGCAUACAGAUAAACAUACACAUAUAUAACCCACACUACUACAGAAUUAUAGAGACACUCAGUCUCAGCAUUUGGGUAAGAGUAAUGAAAAUAAAAAAGUUGUUUGUUAACCAAAAUCUGACCAGGAUCACACAUUCAAGGCUGUUAUGAAUUAUUGUCUGGCCAUGUUGUAUGAAGUUUAGGCGACGGGAGGAUACAUGCAAAUGCUUAAAAAAGGAAGAAUUGUCAGACUUCAAAAUCCUCCCCUUGCCAAUAUUGUACUUCAUUCAUCGCAUGUCUGAAUUAAACAGAAAUAUCAUCAAAUCAAAUGUAGUAAGGAAACAGAAGUAUUGCUUAUAUUGAUAGUGAGAAUAUUUUUCUCUCUCUUAAAAUGAGAAAAUAUCAUGCAACCGACUCUCUGUUGCAGUUUCUCUAAAAGUAGCAAUGAAUAGGACAGCUAGAAAUUUCUACCCAUGAAAUGUUUUGGGGCCUAACUGUUGUUGUUUAGUGGCAUUACCAUAUUUGAUGACAAGCUCUGUAUCUAACAUGAAAACCAUCAAGAUUUCAAACCAAUUGAUGCUUUGUUGUUCAGACAAAUGUGAUUUCACUGCAAAUAUAUUUAUUUUGGGUUCAUUUUUAGAACAAAUUCGGUCUGAAAAUAUGAAUGUAAUAAACAACCAAAACAUUAUUACAUGAAUACAUGUAGCGUUUCGCUACACUCGCAUUAACAUCUGCUAACCAUGUAUACAAUUUGAUUUGAUUUGAUUUAACAUGUGAUCACAAGAAAUAUGACAUCUUCUCAUACUGUGGCAUUGAAAAAGCAUUCACCACAGUAUAAGCGAAUGACUGAAAUAUCACUGCAGCAGGUUAGUCUUACUACUGUAAUAACCAGGUAAUAACACAUGCUAGUUAGCAGCUUGUAGUGCCAGAUGUUUUUUGAAAGUCACUGAUAUUAUUGUGAAUAAUGGUUUUGACAUGAAGAGUUGUAAAGGGUCAUGUUUUGCUGUGUGGUUUCCAAAAGGUUUAUACAGUAUAUUCCAUAUAUAUUUUGGCCUUUGCUGCCAUGCUCAUCUUUUAGGACUCGAUUCAAUCCGAAUCACCGAAGUUCUGCGCUAUAGCGUGCUUGAAAUGUAAACGUCAUUUUUUAUUGAGCUGUCAUAUGCAGCGUUUACCGUGAAUGCAGUCUUCGCGAACUUGGGAACAUUGGCUUUACAUUGCCUUUACAUUUCAAUAGCGCUGAAUUUGAGCGAUACGGAUUGAAUCGAGCCCUUCGUGUAUUUUUGUCUCUUUCAUUUGGCUAAUUUCAAGAUUAUAUUGUAUAAAAGAACAGUACUUUAUAUCUUGAAGUCAACAAUUUUCUAUAGUGAAUAGCCUCACAGGUUGAAGCUCCUGUAUGUUGUUGGUGAUACUCUGUGUGUGUGUGUGUGUGUGUAUGUGCGUGUGCGUGUGCGUGUGUGUGUGUGGAGUCUGCAGAGCCCAGGUGCACUGUUUAGAAUAAUAUAAGUUGUGAUGGGGUUCAGAGCAGGACAUGGCAGUGGGGUGGCUACUGCUAGCUUCUGGCUUGGCUAGGCUUUUGACCAGAAGGACGAGACACAGGUGGGCAAACCCCCACACCUUCACUGUCACCAACCUCUCCAUCCUCUCUUCUCCCGCUCUCUCACUCUCUCUGACCCUCCUUCGCACUUUCUUUCUAGCUCUCUCUUUACAGUCCCUUAUUUCCUCAAUCUCCUUUGUUCUCCCUCUCCUCUCUCUAACUCUUUCUUUGCACCUUCUUUAUUUGGAUCACUAAUAUCUCAAAUUCCUUUUAAUGCUUCAUUCCUCAUAAUGAGAGAAGUCACAGUAUUUGAUAUAUUAGUGAACCCAUCAUAACACCUAUCACACCCUGUGAGGAUUUGGCUGUAUGACUGAUGCUCUGUCAUCAUUGUACACCGUAGGUCAGGGGUGUCAAACUCAUUCCAUGGAGGGCCUAGUGUCUGCAGGUUUUUUUUUUUCCUUUCAAUGAAGCCCUAGACAACAAGUAGUGGGGAGUUCCUUACUAAUUAGUGACCAUAAUUCAUCAAUCAAGUACAAGGGAGGACUUGCAGACACUCGGCCCUCCGUGGAAUGAGUUUGACACCUGUGCUGUAGGCCUACUCAGUGGAGACAUGGAGAGUCUAGCUGCAAUGGCUUUAGAUCACACUGUGUAACAUUUACUGCAGUGCAGUCUGGCAAAUUGACUGUGUGAAACUCUGGGAGAACAGUAAUCUCAGUGAAGCCAAGGUGAAAAUACUUAAGUAAGACUGCAGGUUUGUGUCUUGUCAGGGCAAGGGGAAAGCAUAAAAUUGUGUUGCAAUACAUAUGAGCUGCCUUGUUUGCUUUUGGCAGCAAACUCCUGCGAUCAGAACCCCCACCAUUUUGACUGUCUAUAGCCCCGUUUAUACCUGGUGCUAACAUGGGUCCUUAGUCCUGAUCUUGUCUACAUUCUGAUUGUGCCCACAUUUCCAGAAGUGUGUCUACACAUGGUAUUAAAAUGAGUCUGUUAUCUGUCCACUGUUUCUGCAUUGUGACCAGAGUUCCUGGUCCCUUCCUUUAUGCAAAUCAUUUCACAGCUAUAAUAUUUGUAUAUGUAUUUACUGUAAGACACAUAUUGAUGUAAUCAGCCACCUAUCACUGAUUUUAGAGGCCGGAAUAAUGAUGAUUUAAAUGGUUUUUCUGUCCAGAUCUGUCUACACUUGUAAGAUGUCUAGACACAAAAAGAUCACAACGUGUCUUUUGAUUGUCAACACCUGUCUAAAAAUGUGGGCACAAUCAGACUGUGGACAAGAUCAGGACAAAGGACGCAAGUUAGAACAAGGUAUAAAAGGGGCUUACUUCACCUUGUCUCGCCACCUACGACCUUCAGUGUAGCUAUUUCCUUUGUUGAAAUAUCCUUGUUAACUAAUUUGGAAUAAAAUAUGAAACGUAAUGUAAACAAACUGUAAUAAUGACUGAUCGUGGACUGGUACAAAUGAUUAUUUCAAGGUAUCUUCUGUCCAAAUACAUGGAGUUAAACUAUGUAAUGAAAUACUUGCCAGUAAUGCAAACGGUGUCUAAAACUUACAUUUUCCUAUGUGCUGAGUAUAUUACGCGGAUGCUAACUUGUGUGUUUUUUUCAUUAACAGUCAUUCAACGUGCAAAUAAAAAGUUAUACUCCA